CAUUGUUACUUGGCUUCAAUUGCAAAUUACAUAUGUUUCACGCAAAUCAUGUAUAAUUUUACGAAAGACAAGUUUUAGCAAGGCAGUAAACGUAAUGAGUUUGCAGACGGUAGGCUCCAACAAUGCGACAACCUCUCAAGAUGCGUGCUAUAUAUCGCUACUAGGAUUAGCUGAAAACUUUCGCACUUCUCAACCACCCAAUAUAAAGAAGUGCAUUCAAUGCCUACAGGCACUGUUUACGUUUCAACCACCAUCCAAAGUGGAAGCUCGAACUCAUCUCCAGUUAGGUCAAAUCCUAAUGGCAUACACAAAUAACACCGAUAUGGCUCGAACACAUCUGGAGGCGGCCUGGAAAUUGUCGGAACCCCUAUUAAAUUUUGAUGAUGUCAAAUUCGACACAGCAUCUUUAUUGGCUGAAUUGUAUUUACAAAUUGAUCAAAAUUCAACGUCGAAAGCAAUUUUACGGAAAGCCAUUGAACUUUCUUUGAAUAACGUUUAUUGGCAUUGUAAGCUUCUGUUGCAGUUGGCUCAAUUGCAUGCGAACGACCGAGAGUACAACUUAGCGUCAGAAUUGCUAGCUGUAGGAGCUGAAUCAGCUGAAGAAGCUGGAGCUACUUAUUUAAAAGUGUUAUUUUUGUUGUCACGAGCUAUGAUUCUAAUGAUUGAACGCAAAACCAACGACGUAUUAGCGCUGUUGAACUCGGCCGGUGCUAUUAUCGACAAUCAUAUCAAUAAUCCACACCAAAAGGAGUAUUUAAAAGUGUUCUUUUUGGUUUUACAGGUUUGUUACUAUUUAGCACUAGGUCAAGUUAAGACUGUGAAACCGAGCUUAAAACAGUUGCAAAUGUCAAUACAAACUAUUAUGGCCCCGAAUUGGCCAACAGAUGAGGUUAUUUUUGGACAAAAUCCCCUGGAAAUGUUUGUCUGGUUGCCUAAAGAACAAUUAUACGUUUUGGUUUAUUUAGUGACAGUAUCGCAUUCAAUGAUGGCUGGCUAUAUGGAUAAAGCUCAAAAGUAUACUGAAAAGGCUUUGACCCAAAUUGAGAAACUCAAAGCGCAAGAUGACAAGUGUAUAUUGUCAGUGUUUAAAGUAAUUUUACUGGAACAUAUCGUUAUGUGUCGAAUGGUAAUGGGAAAUCGAGAAUUGGCUAUACGUGAAAUAGCCGCAGCUCGUGAUGUGUGCUUAUCAUCAGGACCAAAUGGUCAGUUGCUCAAACGCCAUGCUGCACAGUUGCAUUGUUUAGUGGGUCUUUACGCAAUGUCCACUAGUUUCUUUGAACAUGCCGAAAAUCAAUUCCUUACGUGUGUGAACGAAACGACUGAACGUGACUUGAAGCUCUUUGCUAAACUCAACUUGGCCAUCAUAUAUUUGAGAACUAAGCGCGAUCAGGACUUGAAACAAAUUUUGGAUGCCGUAUCUACAGAAAAUACGCAUACAUACAGCUCUCAAGCUUUAAUGGGUGGGUUCUACUAUGUUCAAGGUUUGCACGCAUUUCACAAAGCCAGCUUUCAUGAAGCCAAGCGAUUUUUGAGAGAGACUUUGAAAAUGGCUAAUGCAGAGGACUUGAAUCGUCUUACUUCCUGUUCACUCGUACUACUGUCUCAUGUAUUCCUCAGCAUUAGCAAUUCUAAAGAAAGCAUGAAUAUGGUGACACCAGCUAUGCAGUUGGCAUCGAAAAUACCUGAUAUCCAUGUGCAACUAUGGGGAUCAGCUAUUCUCAAAGAUUUGCAUCGAAUGUCUAAAGAUGCGCAACAUGAAAAAGAAGCUUUAGCAAAUCAUGUAAAGUAUUCUGAAAAUUUGAUUGCGGAUCAGUUAAAGUGCGUGCAAAGCAUACAUCAUAAUUUAAUUGACUGGUUAAAAGGGCCUCCUCCUCCUACUAACGCCACUGCAGUUGCUAUUGCCACAAUUAACACAGCGUCGUCAAAUAAUGUGGCAUUAACCGCAGCACAUUCAGCUUCUACGCAGGCCGCUGCAUUAAUAAGUCCAAUUGUAUCACAAACAAUUCAAUACACAAAUCAAUCGCCACUGAAUGCGGUACAUACGAUGCACCAACAUCAUAAUUUUCAGCAGCAUCAGACUCAUCAUCAGCAAUCGUACUACUAGAAAAAGAAGUUUGAAAAUUCAAAGCAUUGCGUACAAGUUGGGAAACUUAAUUGAAAAUCUGUAUUAAAUUUAUAUAGAUUA